UCCUCCUCCUCCUCCACCACGACCACCACCACCACCACCACCACCACCACCACCACCAUUCACAGUGACAAAAAACGUAUUCACACAAUGGCUGCUACUACAACUUAUAGCCCAUAUAGGGGGGCAUGCAUGUUUUACAAACAGCCCUUGUAUUAUAUCUUACAUCGCUGAUUUUUUUUGGGGGGUGGGGGAGGGGUGCGAGUUGACGUCACAAAAGUACGAGUUGACGAAAAAACACGUGCGCGUUGACCAAAAAACGUGCCAGAUGACUACCGUGCGAGUUGACUUAGGUACGAGUUGACCGGUACACAAUUUUAUUUGAAUUUAUAGCAAUAAAAAAAUCGGUGCUUUCACGAGAGUUCAGGCCAACCGGAAAUUUGGGCCAAGCGAUUUCAAGCCAUCGGGUUUCAACUGUUUGUAACAAAAUGAGUGAAUUGAAAGGAUCCGAUACAGUAAGAGACUAUAUGAUAUGUUCAAGUUGUUGUGAAAACACUCCUGAGAGUUUUUGUGAAGGAUGUUCUAAAUUCUAUUGUGGUAAGUGCUUGACAUUGCAUAACCAACUAUUCAAGGACCACGUGGUGGCCAGUACUCAGCAGAAAAGUAUGGAAGGAACAUGUACAGAGCAUAUCAACGAGAAACUAGCGCUUUUUUGUGAGCGCCACUGUAAGCAAUGUUGUCAAAUCUGCAUUGCAUUGCACCACAGACACUGCACUAAAACAAGUAUUAAACAACUGUCCAAACCAAGGACAACGGAAAUUGAGUACAUAUUCGCUACAAUCAAAGAGAUACAAGACAAGUUAAAGUUACAAGAAAUAGAAAUAGAUUCAUAUUUAACAUCCUUUGAGAAGUCUUAUAAGUCGACAACCAAGAAUAGGUCAGAUUUUUAUCUUUUGAUUGAAAAGGCAUAUGACCAGUUAAAGAAAGAAACAGAGCAGACAAUGGUUGCAUUUAGAAAUUCAUUAAAGGCAGACGUCGAGCAUUGCAGAAACAUUCACUCAUAUUUGGCACGUUUAGACGAUGCGCUUAAGGACGCGGAGAAAAAAAACGAAGACAGUUUUGCACUGAUAUACAGACAAUGUGCUGAGCAACUUCGAGAGUCAGAAAUAUUUUUAGCCAAUUCAAUAAGGACAAAUUGUUCUUUUCAGUUUGUACCUAACAAAGAAAUUGAGCGUGUCAUUACCAAUCCAACGAGUCUUGGAAGACUAAUCAACCACGGUACUAAAAUCGCAGUGCACGAGAAGUCGUAUCAUGAUAUAAGUGAAAUGUCUGAUAACAAAGGCUCAUGUUGCAUAGUCAGCAUUUGUGAACUACAUAAUGGCCAGUACGUUGUUAUAGACAGCACUAAUAUGAAACUGAAGUUGAUUAACCACGAAUUCAAGAUAAUCAGCAGCUUAAAUGUACCGUACACUCCUACGUGUAUGUGUCGGAUUACUCCAUGUCAUUUCGUUGUGGCAUGUGAAACAAGCUCUUUAAAUAAUGUUGGUAAACCCUGCACAAUAGAGUUUUACGGAGUGUUCAACGACCAGAUUUAUCAGAGACGGAAAUACAACUUGGAACAUUAUUGUACUAGUAUUGCUCACCAUCAGGGCAGAAUGUAUGUCACCUCAGGGACUGCUUUGUACCAUUACAAUCUUGACGGGCAGAAAGUGAAGAAGAUAUAUGAAAAUAAAAGUGGUGACGACACAGUAUGGAAGUGCUCUGUUUCACCCAGUGGUGACAAGAUAGUGGUCAUUAAUAAAAAAAAUAAAUGCCAAAUGCUUGUGCUUGUGGACCGUAAAGGAAGAGGAGGCAUAUUCGAUUAUUCUAACACAGAGCUCCAAGACCCAUCGACUGUGUACUUUACGCCCUUUGGUGAAGUGCUAGUUUGUGGAGCCACUUCAAACAAUGUCAUACUUGUGGACGUCAAUGAACGAAGAACGAUAGCAACUUUAGCAACACAGGACCAUGGAAUACAUGCGCCGCUAUCAAUAUGGUACAGCGACGGCAACCACAAGCUUGUGAUUGGUCAACGUAAUAAUAACAAUCUUAUAGUGUUAACAGUAUUGAUUUAACAGAGAAUCCAAUGCAACAACAACAAACAAAUACCACAUAGCAGAGCCUUUACAAAAACACAUUAAAAGAAAAACAACUAUAAUAAUAUGGAGUUUGUACAUGUGUGCAAAAGGAAUUGUUAAAUCGUAUUUUUAUACCGGUAUUGCAUACAAUAAUAUUAAAAAUUAAAUUAAAUAGUUAUGUACAAAUAUUUUUAUUUAUUUAGGCCUGUUUUUCAAAACCCUAUUUAAAAAACCAAACCUCUUAAGUUAUAAAUUGGAUUUUUCUAGAAUGCAGUUGUAUUAUUGCAGCAAUAAGUUUAUAUUUUAACAAAUGCUGAUGUUAAAUCUUAAUGUGUUGGUGUAUACUUUUCUAGAACAGACGUCGUAAAUUGUACAAAGAAUGCCCCUACUUUGGUAUUCCUAUCAAAUGAGACGCAUGAACAUAAUUUAAAUUGAGAAAAACGUCGAUUUAGACCACUUCGUAUACCGCGAAAUUGGUAAAUCACACUGAGAGAAUGUGCAUGGCACAAGAGUCAUAACUAUUGCUUCUAUAUGUAUAUUUUAGAGUAAUUUCGCCUUUGUAUUAAAAAAUAUUAUUCUUAUUCAAAUUUUGCCUAAUGCAAACCUCGAAAAUUAAAAAAUGUAUUUAAAACUCGUUUUGUAGUUUGGACAAAUUAAGUGAUGGGAUGAUCUGAAAUGUUCAAGAACUUUAAUUACCUUUACCAUAUUUGAAGAGAUAUCGUCAUUUUUAUAUCCCCGACUAUAGUAGUGGGGGACAUAUUGUUUUUGCCCUGUCUGUUGGUUUGUCUGUUGGUUGGUUUGCGUCAACUUUAACAUUUUGCAAUAACUUUUGCUAUAUUGAAGAUAGCAACUUCAUAUUUGGCAUGCAUGUGUAUCUCAUGAAGCUGCACAUUUUGAGUGGUGAAAGGUCAAGGUCAAGGUCAUCCUUCAAGGUCAGAGGUCAGAUAUAGGUGGCCAAAAUCGCUCAUUUUAAGAAUAUUUUUGCAAUAUUGAAGAUAGCAACUUCAUAUUUGGCAUGCAUGUGUAUCUCAUGGAGCUGCACAUUUUGAGUGGUGAAAGGUCAAGGUCAUCCUUCAAGGUCAGAGGUCAAAUAUAUGUGGCCCAAAUCGCUUAUUUUAUGAAUACUUUUGCAAUAUUGAAGAUAGCAACUUGAUAUUUGGCAUGCAUGUGUAUCUCAUGAAGCUGCACAUUUUGAGUGGUGAAAGGUCAAGGACAAGGUUAUCCUUCAAGGUCAGAGGUCAAAUAUAUGUGGCCCAAAUCGCUUAUUUUAUGAAUACUUUUGCAAUAUUGAAGAUAGCAACUUGAUAUUUGGCAUGCAUGUGUAUCUCGUGGAGCUGCACAUUUUGAGUGGUUAAAGGUCAAGGUCAUCCUUCAAGGUCAAGUAUAUGGGUCAAAAUUGCGCAUGUAAUGUCACUUCUGCAAUAUUGAAGCUAGCAAUUUCAUAUUUGAAAUGCGUGUGUAUCUCAAGGAGCUGCACAUUUUGAGUGGUGAAGCGUCAAGGUCAAGGUCAUCCUACAAGGUCAAACGUCAUAUAGGGGGACAUUGUGUUUCUCAAACACAUCUUGUUUUAUUUUGUUACGUAAUUUAUGCUUACUGGAUGAUAUCUAAAUAAAAUAACAGUGUAGGUUGAAGGAAUGUUCAGUGCAUCAAUGCCAUAACGUUUUUCUUUCAUGUAUUGAGAGUUAUUGCUCUUUUUGUUUUUAACUAUGAGAUAGAUUUUUCGGUAGAAAGGUAGAGCACAGGGUCGAUUACUCUUCUUUUCCAAAUUUUCACAUUUUAGCUAUAACCUCGUGAUUAUUAACGUCAUAAAAUUUGCCCGGAGCAUAUCUAAAAAAACUAUAUAAGAGUUAUCAGUUUGAAACUUCAUAUUGAGUCCACAAUCUUCUUAGAGGAAGUCAAAUUCUUAAGAUCUAUAACGCUUGCCUCCAUAUGUUGCCAUUUUGCCCACUUCUUCUCCUUUGUAUAUGUAUUUUCUACACUGUUUCUGGAUCACAACUUUAAUUUAUAUUGAACUUAAUCUUGAUUGGUAGUAACAUCUCCAUAAAGGAAAUUGUAAGACGCACACGUCUUCGUGCUACCAUAUGUUUUAUUGCUGCAAGUUAAAAUACGUAGCUUCAUAUCUAAAAACCAAGAGUUUUUAACUUAAAACCAAGUUAUAUCUCAUUGAAUGGAUGUGAAGCAUUGAAUGGAAGUGCAGCUUUCAAUAAUAUAAAAAAAUAACUCCUGCUUUCAUUAUUUAACGAGUAUGUUUGGUUAAUGUUCAUACUGAAACCUGGCGAAGACAUAUCGCGACGAUAAUUUUAGGUAUCAAGAUGAAUCAUUGGUUGGAAGCUCUCAUUUCAUGGGAAACCAGUUCUUAAGACCUGAUUUCCAAUGUCCUCUAAAAAGCGACAUUUGUGUGGGCAUAUUUUGGCACGACAAUUACAUAUUUGGUAUUCAAACAUUUUCAUAAUGUCUUGUUUCUUUUUUCCUGUGUGGAUUACAUUUGACAUUUAUGAAGACAAACAAUAUUCAGUCUGAAUGUAAAAUGAAUGUUAGAAUUUGCAUAUGCAAUUUUGGGACUUUACAAAAUGCACGAGAAGAACCAUAAAGGAUGAACAUUGAUAGUGUGUGUUGGCUUACAAACAAAAUAUUUGAUUAACGUAUGUUAUUGUAGUUUGUUAUUGUUGUUUUCAAAUUAUGCCAGGAAAUGUUAAUAAAGCUUUCGGCGUUA